CGCCAUUGAUCGUUUGCCAGUCGCCGCAUCUCACUCGUCCGUUUACCUCCCUAGCUUGCAUCUCACCGUCCUGCUAAACUUGGGCGCCCUCCACUCGCCUCUCGCAGUUCAGUUCAGAGUUUCCCAGUUCAAUCUGAUUCGUUCCUCUCCCAAGAGGUCUCUUUCCAACUACGCCCAGCCUUUCAAGUUAAACGAGAUCGUUUACAUCGUCGCCGCGGUCGUUUUGUAGAGGAUUUUCAUCAUGGCCCAGCAGCCUGGUAUGAUAAACAUCCCUGGUCAGCCUGGCCAGAUGGCCUAUGCUGCCGCUAUGGGGCAACCUACAAUGGCUCCUCACAUGAUGGCUCAGUACCAGACGAACCCGUCGUCAGCAGCCGGUGCUGCUGGAUCCGUGCCUGCUGGCCAAGUGGUACCAGCUGGUGCACCUGGGUACCAGCCUCAGGCGCUGCAGCAGCAGUUACAGUAUCAGCACCUUCAGCAGCAACACCAGCAGCAGCUGCAGAGCUUUUGGCAGCAGCAGAUGCGCGAUGUGGAGCACGCGAAUGAUUUUAAGAACCAUCAGCUUCCGCUCGCUCGUAUCAAGAAGAUUAUGAAGGCGGACGAGGACGUUCGCAUGAUAAGUGCAGAAGCGCCUGUGGUCUUCGCGAAGGCCUGUGAAAUGUUCAUUCUGGAGCUCACAUUGCGUUCCUGGAUUCACACCGAGGAGAACAAGCGCCGUACCCUGCAGAAGAAUGACAUUGCUGGCGCUAUAACGCGUACGGACAUUUUCGACUUUUUGGUAGACAUUGUCCCACGCGAUGAGCUUCGUGAAGAAGGAGGCGUGGUAGGAGCCGUUGGGGUCGGGGCUGCUGGAGCAGCCAGUGCUUUGGGUGGAGUGCCUCGCCCCCCUGUAGGUAUGCCUGGCACAGCAGAUCUUGCGUUUGGUGGCAUGUAUUACAUGCCACAGGCUACUGCGCCAACUGCAGCCACGAUGCAGCAGCCUACUGCAGCUAUCAUGGCGCAGCACCAGAUGAUGGUCAAUAGGCAUGCCAUGGGAAUGGAUCCUUCCUUGUACGGCCAGCAGCAGCAACAGCAGCAGCAGCAACAGCAACAGCAGCAACAGCAGCAGCAGCAACAGCAGCAGCAGCAGCAGCAGGCUCAGGCUGUACAGCAGCAGCAGCAGCGGGCUGCAAAUGCCAUGGCCGGGAUGGGUUACAUGCAGCAACUGCCGCAACAAAUGUGGCAGCAGCAAGGAAUGCCACCCCAGUGAUAUCAUUGUGUUUUAUGACCCUCGUUCUGUUGCUUGCCUUCUGAUUUGUCAUUAGAAAGGCCAUCAGUCGUUUCUUGGUUGCUGCUUUUCUGUCUGAAUCUACCCAGCUGUUUGUACAAACCCACUGGUUAGGUCGUGAUUUGCAUUUGCCCUCACCCUCCAAA